ACUAGAUCUACUCUAACUACAUUACAAUGUCUACAUUUCUACAAAUAGAUUAUAGAUCUAUUAUAUCUAAUCUACUAGAUCUAGAAUCUAAAUUAUACUUAUUAUACUAAUUAUAGUAUAUUGACGAUUGUAUAGUAUAGUAGUUAGAAUCUAGAUCUAGAAUAACACUUAUUCUGUCAAUCAACUCCUGAUGCCUUGUUGUUAUAGAUCUAGUCCCAUACAAACUUUGUAAUGUUUGAAGAAAACACUUCACUACUCAUCAAAAAAAGUUUUCUAUAGAUGUGUGACCACAACAGACUUAGAGGUUUAUUACUAGCUAGCUGCAAUUAUUUGUAACUAGUCAACCCAAGGCAUAGCAUAUAUACGCUGCUAUUUACUGACGGGUGAACACUUCCUGAAAGACACAGUUGUCCACAUGUGGUGGGUUUAGGCAAACGACUGUGAGUGAAGAUUCAGGUGACUGCACAAUUAUAUGGAUCUUUACAUUACCGGUAUUGACAGUGAUGCCAGUACUAUUCCAGAAACAGAAAGUGAUGGCGAUAGUGACUGUGAUGAUGAGGUUACACAUGCAGCGGUCAGUACAUCUGAUAACUAUGACACCAUCACCAUUUCUUCAGAUGAAGAGAGUGCAUCUCAAAGUAUAUUUCAAACCCAGAGGUCACAAGCCACACAAAGUAGAGACACUGAGAAAUUUCAGUCCGGGGUGAGGAAUCUUUGGGAGGAGCUCUCUAAAGAUGAAACCAAGAUGAAAUUUGAAAUUUUUAUAAAACGGGUUUGUGAAAACAGAAGAGAGAAAUGUAUCAAUUCAAAGUCAGAGCAAACCAAAUCUGAACAAGAUAAAAACCUCAGUACCUCCUCUCUGUCCUCAGAGGAGGAUAGAAUUAAUGGAAGUUUUCAGGCCUCUAGAUCACCUGUCUUCAGAUCAGGUUCUACAACUUCAAGACUAAGUCUAAGAAAAUCACUUAGAAAGACAGAAGGUAGGGCAGAAGUUCAGUGUGCAGAUUCUGAGGCUAAUUACUUAAUGGUCUCUUCUCCAACUUCUUUACAUCCAGUUACAGAUAAAUAUAAAACAAGUUCCAGUAGUCUUGCUGAUGAUGUAAGCACAGCUUCAUCAGAUGACACUAUUAUAAUGAAUGAACCAAAUAAACCAAAUUUGUUCAGAUGUCAAGCUCCUUAUGAAAAGUCAUCUCUGACAACAGCUAACAUUAGCAUGCCCUCCCUAAAUGUCAUGCAGGAUCUAUCAAGAUCGUUAGAAGACACAAGUGAUAACCCCCCAGAUUUGACAUACUACUCUAAAUCCUUUGACUUGGAUAAAGCCUCUAAGGACCAAAGAUCUACAGUACAAUGUAAGGCUAGCAGUUCAUCCAGUUUAUUGUCAUCUCAGAUGUUCACCUGCAGCGGUACCACACAAGAUGACAGAUGUCAAGCAAAUAUAGAACAAUGUAUUGAAAUGCUAAUAAGUUCAGAUGAAGAUUUGGAUAACUCACAUUCUACCAAGCCUAACCAAACCUUUCAGACCUCCACACCAAAUGUUAUCAAAACAAAAUCUGAUCUAGUUCAAAAAGAUGAGCUCAGCAUGGUCAGCUUGCAUAACUCUUCCACCCACCAUCACAAGAGAAGAUUAUUUUCUAAACCAUCUGCUGGAAAGGAAAGUGUGGAAAAAAUAAUUAAUCCUAAUAAAGCAGCUAAUGUUGCCCAGACUAUACAAAAUCCUUUAAAUACUGACAUUAACAAUCUAAUAUCUCAGAAGCAGGCAAGGCAAGAAUGCAAUAAUGAAAAUGUUGCUGUUAACCAACAAGUAAUUGUUAUUUCUGACAAUAACCAGACAGAUCUGGCUGCUUAUAAAGAAGAGCAAGAUCAGGAGGAUCAAACAAAUAAUGAGGUGAAAUAUUCCAUGGUAGACAAUGUAGUUCAUGUUUUUGAUUCUGAUGAUGAAGAGCUUUUUUUAACUCAGUCUGUAUUUGACAGUCCUUGUAAAUGUCAAUCUGGGCCAUGUGAUGAUGACAAUGGAGAUGAAUCUGAAGACCUCUUUGGGGAUGAUACAAGCCAUGACUCAGAUGAAGCUGAAAGUAUUUUUGAUCUAGCCAAUAGACUGGACAACUCAACAGAAGAUCCAUUGAAUGACAAUAUAUUAUUUAAUGUUCAGACUCAAGUUGAUUAUGUACUAGAUGCACAGCAAGAACAGAGUUUGACUCUAUCUGACAGGAAUAUAUAUCUACAAGAGACUCUUGUUGAUGAUUCUUCAAAUGAUGUCUUUUUUAUUACUAAUACUAUUGAAGAUAAUUCCUUAUCAUUUAAGAAAAAUAAGACAUAUAACCAUGAUAAUUUUCUGCAAGAAACACAACCAAAUACACCUACAGAUAUAGAUCAUUCGACAUUGAAUGAAACAACUACUAAUAAUGCCUUAACAAAAAAGACUGAGUUGGAACAAUCAGCAAAGAGAACUAUAUCAGAGGAUUGUUUUCUUGAAAGCACACAAAUAGAUGAUGCUCUAGAAGAAAGAAAUGUCAUGACUCAAAUAACGGCUCAGAUCAUUUCUGAUUCUUCUGACUCUGAUAUAUUUUUACAAGAAACACAACUAGAAAACAAUACAUUAGAUGAUGAUAUUUUUUCAAGAACCACACAAUCAGAUUCAUCGAAGCCUGUUGCUAUGGAAGAUUCAGAAGACACAAUGGAUCCUUUUGACUUGGCUACUCAGGUUAUUGGCAUAAAACAAGAAACGGAAUUCAUACAACAGACAUGUAGUGAAAAUAUUUCAUUAAACAAGAAUAAGUUAAUUUUUAACUCAGACACUCAGAUUGAUGAAAAAAUUUCUGCAGUUUCAAGCAGUAAGAAUAAUGCAUUUACUUGUGAUACUCAAAUUGACCUACCAUCAACACAUCAUCCUUCUAAUGACAGUAGAGACAUGGAUAAUCUUUCUAAUCAGCAACACAUGUCACACAGAGAGGAUGAAGAUGUGAAGUGUUUUUCUUUACUGGCUGCUGAUUAUAUGAGAAGCACAAAAACUUUUCCUUGUGAAGACUUUGACAUCCAGGGUGCUUAUCCCAAAAAUUGUGAUAGUCAGCGGUCAAUAUUUGACAUUGAAACACAGGUUGACCAUGAUAAAGAUUCUCAAAAUGCACAACUUUGUUCUGCAAGUUAUACCAAAACAGACAGAUCUAGUAGUGUAGAUUUUUUUACACCCACUCAGGUAGAUUCAGUGACUCUAAAAGUAGAAUUGGAUUCUGUGACACUUGCACAGAAAAAUUCAAGGCCUCAGAAAAUAAAACCAACACAAAUAGACUUAACUGAGCCAACAUUAGAAAAAGAUUUUUUGGCACCAACACAAAUAGACUUAACUGAGCCAACAUUAGAAAAAGAUUUUUUGGCACCAACACAAAUAGACUUAACUGAGCCAACAUUAGAAAAAGAUUUUUUGGCACCAACACAAAUAGACUUAACUGAGCCAACAUUAGAAAAAAAAGAUCUCACUUUCCCUACAGUUAAAAAAUGUAAAAGACUUAUUAUGAUUCCUAAACUAAUAUUAAGUUCUGAAAAAGAUGAAGAUUCAUCAGAAGAAUCAAAUUUGACCGAAGAUGCUCCAAAUAGUCCAGAAAAAAUAUCAAAUUCUACUUUUAAUAUUCAAGAUUUAAGCAAUGAUCUAAGUGAUACAAAAAAUAAACAUCAUCUUGACACCUUAGACAUCCAAGGCUCAAGUGCAGGCCAAUUAAAAAAAAAUGCCAAGGGACAAGAUAAAUUAAUAUGUAGUGACAGCAAUGAUGUGACGUCUAUAUAUAACAAGAAUUUAACAUCACAUUUGAAUCCAGUAGUAUUUCUUGAGGAUUGCAAAGCAUCAGUCAACUUGUUGAAAAGGAAAAGUAGGACUAGUUCAUUAAAUCAAGAGGUUGUAAAAAAAUAUAAAGAAUCUUCUGCCAAAGACAGCAGCAAUGAUAGAUCCUUGCACAGAAGCUUUUCUCACCCUAGCAAUAAAGAGAAACCUUGUACUCAGCAUAAAACUGUACUAAUGGCUGGCUUAGGUGAUUGUAAAAUUCCAGAUAGUUUGUCACAAACAAAAAACACACUGACAAAAAAGCACAAAAUAGAAAACGUACACAAAGAUAAAAUCAGUACAGUGUCGAAAAGGUUGCAAGACAACUCGCAAAUAAUUCUAGAAAAUGUAUCAACUUCUUUAGGAGGGAACAGUAAGAGUGUCAGUAGAAGUGCUACAACAGCAUGUAGUGAAACUGAAAAGCCAUUAACUCAUUCAGUGUCGCUAAGUCAUUUUAGGACUAACAAUCAAUCACAUUCUAUCUCACCCUGGUUAAAUGUCAAUAAUGAAAAGCAUCACUCACUGGGAGAGGCACAUAGACAUCUGGGUUACAAAUCAAAACAUGCAAAGAAGCGAAGAAACAAAGCUUUGCCUACUACAUCAAUGGAUGAUGUCAUCAGGGCAGCCAAGCAGCAGAAACUUAAUCGUGAGCUGACCCAUGGUAAAACUGCCAGAGAUCGAUCAUCAUCCAUGAUUACCAAUAAUGUAGAGGAUUAUGAAGAUGUUGAGAUGCCAUGCACACAAGACAUACUGGACCAAGGGUUACCUAUAUUACAUGACAAACUUACAGUGAAAAAGUCUAAAUUAAAUAUAGAGUCUGUAGAAUCUGGAGGCCAAAGUAAUGCUAAUGUGAAGGUCAAAGUAAGUGAAGCUUGCAACAUUAAAAAUCUUGACAAAAAGAGUACAAUUGUGUCACCACCAGUCAUAAUAGACAAGACAUUACUCACUUCUGGUGAAAUAGCAAUUGAAUCUCAUUCUGUAUCUUCACCAGAACUGCCCAGUGUUCCUGCAGCCAGUAAAGACUUUGUCAAGUUGAACGUGGGUAGAGAUAGAGAUGUAAAAGCUCCUUCCUCAUCAGUUUCCAAUGUAGAAUCAGUUCACCUUUCCACAGUCAGUUGUGUUACUUCUAUCACAACACAUACACAGUCUAUAAUGGUUUCUGAUGUCAAAAAGGCAUCAAUUACUUGUCAAGCAUCGACAGUAGCAUCUGUAGCAGUUACAGAUUCAGCAGUUCCAUCUUCAAAAGCAACAUCACUUGUGCCAGAUCUUGCAAGAAAUUCUAGAAAUGUUCAUGGUACCACUCUUACUAGCUGCUUAAAAUCCCGCCAGAUUCUGACAACACAGCAUGAUGGACUGAUGUCUAAAGGAAUUUUAAAACAGUCCAAUAAAGCUCCAGACAAAAAGCUCAAAGUCAACUUCAGGGAGUCACAAAAUAAAAUACAUACUUUUCAAUUGACUUCUCAAGCCUCAUCUGCAGUUAUGCCUCUACUGAAGGAAACCCCUCAGUCAAACCCAGAAAGCUUCACAAUGACCCUUGUGAAAAUACUGAAAUGGAAUGUCGACUGGCUUGAAGCAUAUGAUGGAGCAUCCAAUUCUACUGGCAAAUGCAAGACUCCACCACCACUUCUGGGUCCAGAUAAACAAUACCAACGUUUAAGACUUUAUUAUGAGUCAUUUAAUGAAUAUUUAACAAUUACAACACACCUUUUACUUCUAGAAGUUUGGGAAACUGUCUAUCAGGAUUGGAAAGAGAGAAAACACAAUAGGCCUAAAACCAUCAAAGUUCAUCUGACUUCAAUGCCUUAUCAUACAGAACAAUCAGAAAAUAAAAAGAGAUAUCUGUAUUCCCCUCUUGUUGUUAACAUAUUAGGUGUGAUUCCAUAUAAAGAGCGCUAUCAAGUUCCCACAUCUGGAGAUUUGCUGCGGUUAAAAGCAUGGGGUUUACGUAAAGGCAUCUCAACAAAAGAUCCUAAUUGGCAUGAACAGUUUGCCUUGGUGAAAAGUGUUAAACCAUUGUGGAAUCGGAAUAAAAAAUGGUUAGUUGAAAACUAUCCAAUCUUUGAAAAAGAGUCAGCUUUCAAAAAUGAUGACAUCCAUAUUUUUGAAUUGACUCUGAAUAUUGAUUAUAAAGUCAUCUUUUCUAAUGUCAAACUGAUGGACAUUGAAAAAAUUUCCACUUUGAGGACAACAGAAAGACAACUCCAGGCUCUCUCUAUGUUGCCUAAUAACCCAUUGUGUUCACAUCUGCUGCAGCCCCAACAGUCCAGUGUUUACUUUCACCAACCUGUAAAUCCUGAUGCUCAUUUAUUACAAAGAAUGAACAGCGAGCAGGCCCAGGCUAUCAGCACCAUCAAGUCUGCUGUUGAACGAAAAGAGCCAAAAAUAUUUUUUUUACAAGGACCUGCUGGAACUGGGAAAACUCACACAAUAUUGGCUCUGGUACAUCAUAUUUUGUUGAUCACAAAUUUUCAAGGAAGAAUUUGUAUAGCUACACCAUCCAAUGCUGCAGUGGAUGAGAUUGCCCGGCGAAUUAUUCAGUUUUCAAAUAAACUCAAAGAUAACAAAAUGAAAGAAAUAUCCCUUGUUAGAGUUGGAAACAAGGACUUUCUCCAGCCUCAAGUUGCACCCUAUUAUUGGGAGACUCUCAUUAAUAACCAUUUGAUCAAAGAAAAAGCAAAACAAGUGCCAGAGGCUCUGAAAAAAGAAAAUCAGAUGUAUAAAGAUAAAAUCCUAAAAAUAGAACAAGAGCUGACAAAUCCUUCUUUGACACGUGUUCAGAAAGUAAAAAAGCAGGAGGAACUUGCCUCAUUAAAGAAACAAAUAAAAACACUUGAAAAAGAGUUUACCAGUGAUAAGAAGCCUUCACCUAGAGAGAGAUAUCAAGCCAAAUGUCAUGUCUUAGAUAAUGCACAUGUCAUUUGUGGCACUCUCAGUAGCUUUGGCAUUGAGAGUCUGAAGGAAAUACUUAAUCGUACUGAGCAACACAGACAUAAUUCUCAAACAUUUAGUUGUUUGAUUAUAGAUGAGGCAACACAAGCCAUUGAAGUGGACACCUUGAUACCUUUACAAUACAAAGUAACUAAAGUGGUACUUGUAGGAGACCAUAAACAGCUACCAGCUACAGUUAGGUCACAGAAAGCCAAUGAGCUAGAGUUGAGCAGAUCUCUGUUUGAAAGGUUGAAUCUUUGUUUUGAAAAGUUCCAUGAAAAUCCAUCCCAGAGCUCUCCAAUCAUGAUGCUGACCAGGCAGUACAGAAUGCAUCCUGAAAUCCUCUCGCUGCCCAACAAUCUCUUUUAUGAUGGAAAACUAGAAACUGAUGAGGUGGUCUACAAGAGAAACUCACUUCUUGCUCCAUAUUUGGUGUUUGAUAUUGAGGAAGGACAAGAGUCCAAUAACUCAAGAUCAAUCUACAAUGUACCAGAAGCAGUUUGCAUAGCCAGACUUUGUUCAUUAAUUAUGAAAACUUUAAAAUUGAAGAGGGAAACAUUAUGCAGAUGUGUAGGAGUUAUUUGCCCUUACUCUGAGCAAAAGCAAGCCAUUGUUGAACAGUUACGCUUAAGCAAUCUUGACGGAAUAGAAGUAAAUACAGUAGAUGGCUAUCAAGGUCAGGAGAAAGAUGUGAUAAUAAUGUCCUGUGUGAGAGCACAAAGUAGUCCAACAACUAUUGGUUUUAUUUCUGAUAAAAGAAGAAUGAAUGUGGCACUUACAAGAGCUAAAGAUGCUAUGUAUGUUUUGGGACAUUUUGGUACAUUAAGAGUGAAUGACCUUUGGGCUGAGCUGCAUGAAGAUGCCAGGAUUAGAGGACUUCUUGUACCCAUCAAAGAUGUGAAGGAAUUUUCCUGUAUAGCAGAAAGUAAAAUUACUUUGAACAGCAAGAAAACCUAACUUUUAACAUUUACAUUUUUUUUUUCCUUAAAGUUAUAGCUUUACAUAGGUUUGUUUUCUCAAACUUAAAUCAUUUUAUUGAUUUCUCUUAACCAUGACACUAUAAUUUCUAUGUGCUUUUUAAAAACAUAACAGAAUAUACAAAUAGAACUAAUGUAACGAUAUGCACAGAAUAUUUCAAUGCUUUGAAAAUAUUUGGUCAAAUAGACAUUAUCAUUAGAACCUCCUAUGGGUAAAUGUUUGACAAAUGAUAGCCACUGUAUGUCUUACUUAUAUAUAUUCAUCAUUGUUAUAUUUAUAUGCAGGCAGAAUAAGAAUGGUUAAAUAAAACAGCCCCAGUUUAUUUAGUCUUCCCGUUCAACUGGUUUAGAAAUAUAACUCUGCUUCGAUCAUUGAAUAGCUAUUGCACCUAUCUUAUUGAUGAAACAUUUUCCAGUGACUGAUGCAUACUUAACAUUUCAAAAUCCUCUCAUUUGAAGCAAUGGGAAUUUAGUGCCUUUUCAACUGUUUAGUUUUCAACUUGUGUUAAGUCUUGUCAUACUGACCUCCUGUCAGACUUUGUACACUUAGUAUCAGGUGGUUGUUGUUGAAGUACUUGAUUCACUUGUAAAUUAAUUGAAACAGACAUAGUGAAGUGAAAGGUGAACCAUCUAGCUGACAAGUGAUUCUACACAGCCACAAAGUUGUUCUACCUUACUUCUUGACAUCACCAGACUGUUGCUUUGAAAGUUGUCAUUAUACUCUUCUAUUGGUCUCAUAGAACUUUUUUAAGAACAAAAGUUUUUUUUUCUUUGUAUUUUUAUAUGCACUUUUAACUGUUACAAUUUUUUUUUUAGAGGGGACACCUGUUUUAUACAUCACUAUAGUCUAAAUAGCUGUUUGUAAAGUUACUUAUUACUAACCUGUGAUUUAUAAUGUUUGUUUCUUUAUUGUGCUUUUGAUUAUUAAUUCCAAAACGUUGUUCUCUAUAAGUUUUGCAGUGUAGUGUUGAAUAUACUUAGUACACAAGUCCUACUGUACUGUUGUGCUAGUAAGGUCUGUAGUUAUUAUGUCCUGACCUGAUCUGUAUGCUCUGCAAUACUUCAUGUGCUAGUGUGGUCUGUAGAUAUUAUGUCCUGACCUGUCCUGCUAUGCAAUCCUUCAUGUGCUGUUGUGCUUGUAUGGUAUUUAGUUAUUAUCUACUGUCCAGAUCUUUGUCCUGCAAUAUUGACUUAAUGUGUUAAAGUACUGCUUCUUUUUAUGUUCUGAAGUAUUUUUUUUUUCUUUUCAGUAAUGCCUGGUCAUUAGUAUCUAUAUUACUUUUUACAUUGAAUGCUCUUUAAUGGUGGCUCUGUAUACCUUGUAGUACUUUAUGGACUAUAGAGCUAGUUAUUUAGGUGCUGCAGUACUUUAUGGACUAUAGAGCUAGUUAUUUAGGUGCUGCAGUACUUUAUGGACUAUAGAGCUAGUUAUUUAGGUGCUGCAGUACUUUAUGGACUAUAGAGCUAGUUAUUUAGGUGCUGCAGUACUUUAUGGACUAUAGAGCUAGUUAUUUAGGUGCUGCAGUACUUUAUGGACUAUAGAGCUAGUUAUUUAGGUUCUGCAGUACUUUAUGGACUAUAGAGCUAGUUAUUUAGGUUCUGCAGUACUUUAUGGACUAUAGAGCUAGUUAUUUAGGUGCUGCAGUACUUUAUGUGCAACAGUUCUUAAUGUUCUUUCUUAUGUUUUGUAGUGCUUUAUGUCCUGUAAUUUUGUUUCUGUAAAUACGUUAGUAUAUUGUGUACUGUUGUAGUUUAUGUAUUGUACUUUAGGUUCCAUUAUAUGUCAUUAUUACUAUGUACUGUUCUUCUGUAGCACUGCUAGGGAUGAAAUAUUUAACAAUUCAUGUUGUUGAUUUUGUUGAUAGCAUUUCAAAUAAGCAUUUACAAGCUCUAUGUAAACAUACAUUGUUAGCAUUGACAUGAUGAAAUCAGCAAUACCUGGGGAGUGUAUUUUUUUUCUUUUUAGUUCAUAAUCCAUAAAUAAAUGAAUUCAAUGAAACCAUUUCACAUGUACAUUUUAAAACUACCUUGACCUUUGUCUGUACAUACAUUAUUUAUUGAUAUUAAACACAAAUGUACUUGA